AUGUCUCUUCCCGACUCGACAGACCAAAUGUACCUUGCCUACGGGAAAUGUAUCAAUGAGAGCCUUGUGGGCGGGACAUCGCUGGGAUCAGACCGGCUGCAUAUAGCCCCCCUUUCAUAUCAAGCUAUCCCACUCCGGUCUACUACGAAUGAAUUCUACCAGAACUACAAUAUCUACGCCUUCGGCAACAAUAUUCCUAGAGACGAUGAACCCUUGUUGAGCAGCUCAGGUCUUGGCUACUUCACCGCGUACACAACCUAUCUGGCGAACAUAGACUUGUCCAAGGGCGUCAAACUUCAGAAUCCGCAAGCUGUGCAAGAUGCACAAGCUGAUGUCUUGGAUAAGGAGAAACAACGAUCCAAGGCUGUGAAAGAUGCUACGGAGUCAUACAAAGAUGAUUGUCCUAAUGGUAUUGACGCGAUCACUGGGAGUCCGAUCACGUUCGCCAACUACUUAAAGACCUAUCAUCCCGAGGUGCAAACUCUGAUCGACGCCGUCAACAACGCGAACGCGAGAUGGACCGAGCUUCUCAAUGAGGAAGAACAAAAGGGUAUCAUCGCUCAACUCCAGGACUUCAGAGAUAGAUUGGCAAAGGGGGCAAGCCAAACUCUCGCAGAAGGAUACAACAUGCAAGCAGUUAUCAUCGAUCCUGACACUGUAAAGCAGGUGGUUUCUGGUCAACUGACUGCAACCCCUACUCCCAGUCUUUGCGAGCCGCUUUAUGCCCUUGGCGCGGACUUGGACAGUGUUGCUUCCCAGUGGGUCACGUCGUUCCCAGCGGCAUACCCCAACGAUAGAACCGAGUAUCUUCGAAAAGCCCAUAGUUUUGAAUUCUCAUUCGAGGAUGCUGCUACAUCGACAUGGGCGGAUCUCGGUUUUUCUACCUCUACUCAUCAUUCAGGAUCGAGUGGAUGGAUCUUUUGGAACCACACGGACGAGACAACCAAUACUACUACGACAACAAACGUCGAUGUUACCGGCUCAGAUAUUCAAGGCAAGAUUACGCUACGGAUGUGGGGCCACCAGGUUCUUGAUAUCAAUUACGGCGCGUGGUACAACGGCAACCCUGCUGCUACAUUCAAAGAUCUCUACGCCAGUGCAGACGAUAGCGUCAAGAAAAACAUUCUCGAGCAGUUCAAGAAAGUUCUCUUCGCCUAUGGUGUAGAGAUCACUUUCAAGCUGUCCAAGUCAGCUUGGGACACUGUUCACCAAGUCCGCACAGACACAUCUACUAGCAACAACUCGAUGAGCAUCUUUGGCUGUAUCUACAGCAAUGACAGCUCGAGCAGCUCAUCGAAUACUACUAGCUUCGAUUCGUUGAAACUCACCUCGAGCGACAAUAGUGUCACUAUGCUAGCAGUCAACGAUGGCGUUCCAUUAGUCCUUGGCGCCAUCGCGAGCGUCUUCGAUGCUGGAACUUAG